GCAAAAGAAGACCAGCCCGAAAUGCCUUCUGAAUUCAGUAAUGAAGAAAACAACUUCGAUAAUUAUGAGGAAAAAGAGACAGAGGAAGUGGAAAGUUACUGCACCGAUAGAUCUAACGAUGAUGAAGAACUAUACAUUAAUCCUUGGAAGGAUGAGUAUAGCCCGGCUAUAUAUUUAACAUCAAUCGAAAAAAUUUCCACUACCAGAAAAGAGGAAAACCCUGAUACAACCCCUGAAAACAACAUUAAUGCAUUAGUGCAAGUCGAGACAUUAGAUGAAGAACAAAAAGAAAAAGCCACUUAUCUCUUGAGACGGUUUAGUGAUUUGUUCACAACUGGGCUAGAUCAACUAGACCAAACCAUAGAAGUACAAUACAAAAUUGACACUG